AUCCAAGAUAAUUUCAUUGUCCACCUAAGCACUCAAACAUGACAUCAGGAGAGACGUCCACGUGGAGUAAGUCUCCAGACGGUUCGCGGGAAAGAGAAAACACGAAACAUCUGGAAACCAGAAGAUUUUAUUCCUAACCUGUACUAAGCUUUUCCCAUAUCUACUAUAAAUAUCCCAAAUCUUACACAUUUUUAAUCCAAAUUCCAGUACGAUAAAAAAUCUGAUCACGAGCACAAAGGUCUAGAACAAACCAUCUCAUUCUACUGGGUUGGUGGAUAGAUUAGAGCCGAUAACUGAGUUCUGUGGAGUUGUGGAGCCGGGUGGAUUGAUUCUUAUUUGCUUUGUUCUUCAGUCUUUGUUUACCGAUCAAAUUUCAGCUUGUUCCCUUGAGCAACCUAUAUUACCAGAUCUCAAUCUUUUCAACAAAAAAUGAUGCCUGUUUCUGGCUACAUGGACUCAAAUCCUCACCUGAGAAAUCAAGCGCCUUAUCCUCCACAUUAUUUCCCUGGUUUCGAGGCUGUUCCGCCUCAUUUCAAGGCGGACCCGUCCAAGUCUCCCUUGAUGUAUGAAUCUUGGCCUUGUAGCGGCAAUUGCAGUAGGUACCCCCCUGUUCCUUACUAUGGCUGCUGCAAUCAUGGCAAUUUCCCUGGUUACUAUAGUUUCAGACCUUCUUUCCCUCAUUUUGCACCAUCACCAGCAUUUCACCAUUAUCCAAAUUAUCCUGUAUUUCCUGAACCUUAUCCUCUUGGUUAUACCCCUCCACAUUACUUAAACCAACAACCUCGAUAUGAAUACAAGGAUCCGCACACCAACUACCAUUGCUGUGGCUGUCCUAACCAUCUUCCCAACCAGAAAAAUGAUACAAGUUUAAAGAUUGAAGAGCAGGAGAACGAUACUGAGAAAAAGGAAGGUGAUUCAGAGGCUCCAAUUCAACCAAGUAGUUUCCCAUAUCCAAUUAUGUGGAUUCCACCUGAGUACAUGAAAAGUAAGGAGCAUGGGAAACAUAAUGAUGGGAUGGAGGUGAGUGACUCGGAUAAGGUGCCUUGUGCAAGGCCCUCAAAAAGCCUAAAAUCGACUGAACAGGAGCAGAGAGUUCGGACUGGCUGGUUUCCACUUGACAUGAAUGGUUGGAAAUCUUUGAUGCAGGGAGAAGGGGAGAAACAAUCUCGUAACCAACAUAAUCAAGACAACAUGACGCAAUUCCCAGUUCCUUUCUUUUGGUUACCAAAUUCUGAUAGGAAACAAGAGGAUGAAAAUCGAGAUAAACAAAGGAUGAUAACUGCUUCAGAUAAUUCGAAACAAGCUCCAGUCAAAGUUGAGUUCAUCCCAGGGGGAUCUUCUGUCAGUGAUGUUAAAUUGGACAAGCCUGAAUCAGACAAGGAGAUUUCUCAGAAUAAGAAUGCUGCUGAGACAAGGGGGAAAACCACUAGUCAAAAAUGUGUUCCUAUUGAAGUGAAGGAAGGCAAGUCUGAAGGGACUGAAAAGAAAGGGAAGGAUGUAAAGGAUGCAAGUGUGAAGCAUGCUGAAGACACAACAAAGAAUGAACUCGGGACCGUUGCAAAAAGAAAAUCUCCAUCUCCUUCAAAAACAUCAAAGUUUUCUCCUGUUUGUCUUAGAGUUGAUCCCCUUCCAACGAAGAAAAAUGGCAAUGGCAAUGGCAGUUCAAGGUCUCCUAGCCCUCGUAAAGGACAACCAGAAGACACAUUGACAAAGGCCUCUGCGGCACCGGGCAGAAAAGAAGACUCUGCUGUAAAUACACAGAAUACCAGUGGUAGCCUUGACAGUGUGGAACUUGUGGAAAAGAAGAUAAAAGAAAUUCCAGUAAUCGCAGAAAGGCCCAAGGAGACCAAGGAAAACAAGGCUAGAGAAAAUAUCAGUAUGAAUCAAGCUCAAGUUUUAGGAGAGACUCGAGAAGUGUCAGAGCAGCCUACAGCGGGAAAAACUAAAGAAGAUAAUCAUGAGAAUAAAACAGAGGAGGAAACAAAAACAAGUUUUGAGGAAGUCAUGGGAGCUGAGAAAGAAGCUGACAGUGUUGAAGUGGCUUGCGAUCAAUGCAAAACAGAAGUAGGAAGAAUGUCAGAUGACAAAGCAGCGAAGCUCAUCCAAUCUGCCUUUCGAGGAUUUGAGGUGAGAAAAUGGGAACCAUUGAAAAAACUGAAGCAAAUAGCUGAUGUUCGUGACCAAGUCAAUGAGGUCAGAAAUCAUAUCCAGUUUCUUGAGUCUUCCACUGAUCACAACGAAGAUGAUAAGCUGAGACUGUUAGCAGGAGAAAAAAUUAUGACUCUUCUUCUAAGACUGGAUUCUAUUCAGGGUUUGCACUCAAGUGUGCGAGAUUUAAGGAAAUCAUUAGUCAAGGAGCUUGUGUCUCUACAAGAAAAGCUUGAUUCUCUAACAAGAAGGUGGACUGAAGGAAAGGCCAAGGAUUUGGGCACUACUGAAUCUGCUGAUUGUUCUAAUGGUCAAGUGUCUGAAAAUAUCAGCAUGGAAAAGGAGAGUGAAAAUGCAUCAGCUGAUUUGGAGGAGUCGACGGAAAAUGCAAACGACAUUACACGCAUGGUGGAUGGCAAGGAUGGUGAGAUCGCAGAGCUUCCUUUUGUUGAACAAGGCAUAGAUGGGAAAACAGAGAAUAAUAGUAUGGAAGCAAGUCAUAGAACACCAAGAAUAGAAGAUGGAGGUAAAUCACCGAACCUACCCAACCUUGGGCAUGCGACUCCCUUGUCAUCUAUUCCCGAGCACAAGUUCAACGCCGAUGAUGUCUUGGAAGUGAAUGGUCUAACUAAAGAGCAAAAACCAGGGGUGGUGGAAGUUAAUGAUCAGAUUCUAGUGGAUAUUAACUCAGAAGAUAAGAAACUGUGGUCAUUGCCAAAAGCUGAUCAAGUGGAUGCCGUUGGUGAACUUGAAAAGGACAUUGGAAAUGGCAAUGGUGAGAAAGAAUCUGAUCUGCCAAUUGAUACUUCUUCGCCAGAUGAAGCAGAGAAUUUGCAGUCCACAGAGAAAGACCAAGAGAUUAACUUAUUAUUAGAAGUGUUGCCAGUUGGACUAAUUGAUGAGGAACUAGCCAUUUCCAAAAUUGAUGAGCAUUUACUUGAAGCAGAACCAAACUACAGUGUAGAGGAUGAGAAAGAGAUUGACUUGUUCAAAGAGUUGCCAGCUGGAGUAAUUGAUGAGCAUUUACUUGAAGCAGAACCAAACAACGGUGUAGAGGAUGAGAAAGAGAUCGACUUGUUCAAAGAGUUGCCAGCUGGAGUAAUUGAUGAGCAUUUACUUGAAGCAAAAUCAAACAACGGUGCACGGGAUGAGAAAGAAGUAGAGAUCAGCCAAGAGGAGGUGGACGACAACAAAUGCACAAUGUUCUUUAAACCGGAGGAAAUCCACUCAACAAUAGGUGAAAAAAAUAAUGAGGGCCUGCAACGACAUGAGGAUGAUUCAGGUGUGAUUCCUGGUGAUCAUAUGGCAUCAUCCGAAUCAGAAGCAGGAAGCGAAGCAACUGAGGAGAAACUAGUAUUGUUUGAGGAGAUGAAAGAUGCAGAGCAGCCAGUAGGAAGUGAAGAGAAGGAAGAAGCAAAGCUGGAAAAGGAAAUGAACAAGCUGCUUCAAGCCGAUGCUUCUUGGAAACCAAAUGUAGCGAAGAUUGGAGAAGAUAAUAAGGUGGUUGAAGAGAACAAGAAAUUGAACGAGAUGAUGGAGAAACUUAUGGAAGCUGGAAAAGAUCAACUCACCGUCAUAUCCAACUUGACUGAAAGAGUGAAGGAGCUUGAAGAAAAGUUGGGUAAGACCAAAAAGUCAAGCAAAGCAGGUUAUAGAAAAGUAAGAUAUGCACCUUCUUAUUACAAGCUUGGGAAAAUCAAAAGGAAGGCUAGUGAAGUUGCAAUGUGAGGUUUAAUGUUGAUUGGGUCUAAGGGUGAGGUUUAAUGUUGUGUUUAUGUCGAAAUAAAAUCAAUAAUAAGGUUGAUUUUUCGCUUGUUCGUUGCUA